AUGCACUUCAUUGCAGGAUAUCUUCUAAGUGUAGUCUUACUUCCACUCGGGAUGGCCGACUUCAUACCUUGGUUGAUCGUCCCCGAAACGGCACCGACGCGCCAUCAACUCAUCACCGGCAUCGGUAUUCCCGUCGGUACGCCGGAAUCCAUCACCAGCGGGUGGGUCGUCAAGGCGCAAUACUUUCUGCCCACGAAGGUGGAUGAUCUGAAGCCAGAGCUGUGGGAAAACUGGAACGAUAGUCGGAGGGCAGUGUCAAGGCGGGAUCUUUCCGACUUGGAUGCGGAAGAUCCUGUGAAGGUCACUCAGCUUCCGGUCACGCGCGGUCACGAGCAGUAUGCGGUGGACAGUGUGUCAGUACGUGAAGAUCCUCUUGAUAACUCUUCCGACGAGACGAUCCUCGGUGAGGAAUUCGACGAUGGAGAUGACAACUACUGGAAGGACGCAGAGGAUGAUCGGAUUUUACAGCAAGCGGACAGUGAACGGUGGCCUUCACCGAAGGAAAUCGAUGCGAGCCAGCUCGAUGGGUACAGCGCCGAACAGUCCCGUUGGACGACGUACAAAGCCAUGGAAACGCUAAGCGCAAACCAUGGCCUACCGGGACGACCCUGUGUUUUGCGCAGUGUGUGUGAGUCGGCUGCCGCACCGUUUACCCACACCGGUGGUAUCUUUGCCGAGCUGCUGCACAUCGUUUUUACUCCCUCGAGCACGGCGGAACCAUUGUCGGAGCACCGGGAUAACGAGUACUUCCGGGCGGAACAGCUCGGCCGCGACGGUGCACCCUGUGAGCGUAUCUUUCCCGAGUGCGUCCACUCACUGCUGGACAUCUUUACCGGGGUGCACGAUCCGGAAACGAACGCGAUGCGGCUGCUCCACGACGAGGUGCGGGCCUAUCUGAUGCGAAAGUGA